AACCAUUUGUAUCGCUGUAACUGAUUUGGUAUUAAAACAAAUAUCAACAAUUAUGGCGUGCAUUUAAGAAGCGGACGCUUUAUAAUAGCAAACAAGUAUUUUUUAAAUAUGAAACACAAAUUAAAAAAUUAUUUUACGAUUUAAUUUCAUUAAUAAAUUCGGGUCUUUAUAUAAAUUAAUUGUCACGAGCCAGUAAAACAGAUAAGUUGUGAAAACUUAAUGAAACUAAAGAACCGGAAAAAAUGUAUGUAGAAGAUGCUACAUCUAAAUUCAAUGUAAUAAUGAUAUGGAUAUAUACGGUCGUACGAAAGUAACAAUCCUAGCAAGCGCUUAGGAGCAAAAUUAAACUAUAAAAGUUCAAACAAAAGCCUUAAAAUAAAAUAUCAUCAUAUAGAUAUUGCAAAGGAAGGUCAUAUAACAAAAUGACAGUUCAGUUAAAUUCCUUCAAUAUUUCAAAUAUGAAUCUUCCUCUCACAAUAACGCCUAUUAUACCCGCUUUGAAAGAUCUAACUGUUUCUACUGCGUCGAAAUCAGAUACGAAUUCUCUGCAACCGGAUUUGACAUUUCAUUGUAUGUGCUGUCCUGCAUACUUUAUAAAUCCAUAUAUGUUAUAUCAACAUAUGAACAAUCAACAUCCACAACCAUUAGAAAGCGACGAAGAGAGUAAAACCGCGUCUGAUGAUGAUCAAGAUUAUAGUUGGGUACUUGAACCAGUUUGCGAAAUCGUUGAUAUGGAGGGCGAUGAUGGAGAUGAUGAUUCGGAUAGCGAUUCGGAUUCAGACGAUGAUUCGACCAGCAGUUCUUCUCAAACUUCAAGCAGUAGCUCAACUACUGUUAGCGUUUCCAAUUCCAAUUCGGUAACUAUAGAUACGAGUUUGAACAACCAUCAAGGUCAAGAUGAAGAUUACACACGUAUGACUUCAGUAAGUACCAACACAGUGCCACCCGCUAUUUAUGAAGAGAUUGUUGGAAAUGAGUCCACAAAUUCUUUCUGUACAACUAGUGAGUCUGCGUAUCCAAUGAUUAAAUUAAAGACUGCAGAUCCUCGUGAAUCUACUUCGAUCAUAUUACUUAAGCCAUUGACGAAAAAUAUUAGCGAUGAAUGCUUAACUAAUAUGACUAUAAUACCCGUUCUCCCCAAGCCAGGGAGAGGAAGACGCAGUGCAGCACAAAAUGCACAACUUGCUGCUUUAACAAAUGGAGAUCAAAAAUGUUUUCAAUGUGCACAUUGCGAAGCCUCAUUUCAGAACGCCGGGGACCUUUCUAAACAUGUGCGAUGCCAUAUUACAAACAAACCAUUUCAGUGUGCAAUCUGUGAAAAGACCUUUACACACAUCGGCAGUUUGAAUACUCACAUUAGAAUUCAUAGUGGUGAGAAACCGUAUAAAUGCGAAUUAUGUCCAAAGGCUUUCACACAAUCAAGCAGUCUAAUGGUGCACGUGCGUUCUCAUUCCAUACGAAAGCCACAUCAGUGUUAUUUAUGCGACAAAGGGUUUAUAAACUCAAGCUCGCUCGUAUUACAUCUUAAAUCACAUGAUGACACUGAAGUUUUCAAUUGUCCUGAAUGUGAUAAAUCUUUUAAACAAGAAGAUUUACUCGAGAAACAUUUACAAAUGCACACACAACAACUUGUGUAUCAGUGUUCCAUUUGUCAUGCAGCUUUUCGAACAUCAUCGGAGUUAGUGCAGCAUAUGAAAUGUCACAUGGGUGAAAAACCUUUUACGUGCUCUAUUUGUGAUCGUUCUUUUACGCAAUCAGGGAGUCUUGGAAUUCAUAUGCGCAUUCACACUGGUGAACGCCCAUUUCAAUGUAAACUCUGUGAGAAAGCGUUUACACAAGCAUCUAGUCUCAGUGUUCAUAUGAAAAUUCAUUCUGGCGAAAAGUCUUACCCUUGUCAUAUUUGCGGUAAAUCCUAUAGUCAGCAAACCUAUCUAAACAAACACAUCCAGGCUCAUCUUACUGCUGAACAAAACAACAUAGUCAUGAAUGUUGCGAAUGAUGUUCAAUUAUCAGUUGGUAUUGUGCCUUCGGAGGACACGCUAGUUUGUAUUGUUUGCGGAGCAUUGCAUAAAGACGUAAGAUCAUUAGCAUUACAUGUCACACAGAAGCAUGCUGUGUUGUUAAAAGAUACUGAACACAGCAGUACAAAACAAAAGCAAAUGUCUUCUGAUUAUGUGGGCGAAGAGGAGCGCCGUUUACAGGAGCAACAAUAUAUACAACAAUUACAAUUAAUUAUGCGCACUGGCGGUGUAUUGCCGCAAAUUGCUAUGGAUAUCGAUACUAGGAAGAGCGAUGGGGAAUUCGCAAGACCUCGUAACUUUGAAAGUUUUGGAGAUAGCGAGUAUAAUGGAAAUGGCAACAUGGAAACUGUUAAACAAAAUUUCGACCAUAAUUCGUUUGAUGAUUACGGUGCCGAAGAAGAAGUGGAAACAGAGGAAUGAAGGAUUUUAUUAUAUUAAUGUUACGUUUUCAGGUUAAGAAUCUUUUACGUAUAUGGAUUCGGCUGACAUUUUUGACCUGUGGCUUUUCAGUAUUGCUUAUUAUAAAUUAUUAUGAAUCGAAAAUUGUAAGCUUAACAAGGUUUGAAGAAAUAAAGUUGUUAAGUAUAUGCGGAA